GACGCAUCGCUUCCAUUCAGCCAUUGAAGUGGGAAGAGUAGGGUCCAUUCUGUUGUGGUUUUACUGCGACCUAUGCGCGGAUUUAUAGCUAAAAUGUUGUUGUCUAACUUAUACUAGGAAUCAUUCUACGGUGGAAGGUGAAGCUAUUGGCUCGGCUGGUGUCGUCGGUGAAGAGCAGGGGCAUAAUGUCUGGAGCGGCCGGUGGGGGAGGAGGCUCCUCCUGUUCGGGCGCAGCAGCGGCAGUCAGUUGCAGCUCCGCCGGCUCUCCGUACGCUGCCGCAGCCGCUGGAGGCGCAGGGGUGGCCGGUAGGCUGCCGGCGCGGGUCCUCGAGCACAUCUUCUCCUACCUGGAGCUGUCCGACCUGAUGCGAUGUGCGUUGGUCUGCUGGCACUGGAACAAUAUCCUGGCGGAUGAAAACAGCGAGGUGUGGCGCAGCCUCUGCACCAGGGCUCUGAGCGACGAGGCUUUGCGUUCUGACAUCCUGUGUAACCUGCCCACCUACAAGGGGAAACUCAAGUCCUACCAACACGCUCUGAGCUCUCACGACUGCUCCCGCAACGUUUACGUGAAGAAGAACGGCUUCACCCUGCACCGCAAUCCCAUUGCCCAGAGUACGGACGGCGCGCGGGGCAAAAUCGGCUUUUCGGAAGGGCGGCACGCCUGGGAGAUCUGGUGGGAAGGCCCUCUCGGCACCGUGGCCGUGAUAGGAAUUGCCACAAAGAGAGCGGCGAUGCAGUGCCAAGGCUACGUGGCCCUGCUGGGCAGCGACGACCAGAGCUGGGGUUGGAACCUGGUCGACAACAACCUGCUUCACAACGGGGAGGUCAAUGGAAAUUUCCCACAGUGUAACAAUGCACCCAAAUAUCAGAUCGGAGAGAGAAUACGAGUGAUUCUAGACAUGGAUGACAAGACGUUAGCCUUCGAGAGGGGUUUUGAGUUUCUCGGAGUAGCUUUUCGCGGACUGCCCAAAGCUUGCCUCUUCCCUGCCGUCUCCGCGGUUUACGGCAACACUGAGGUGACCAUGGUGUACCUGGGGAAACCUCUGGAUGGCUAGAAGCAAGACAACCCGUGCCACCUUUACAAGUGCAGGGCUUCCUCCCGUCAACAGACUGCUGACCCUGUUUGUUGUGCCAUGUCGAGGUCUGAGCGGUCUUGUCUCUUCCAAAUAACUUUAUUCACGUCAACAAAGAGAGGUGCCCGCAUUUCUACUACAGCUCAGCACGAGCCCAGAGACAGUUUUUGAACUGGACAGAACACAAGGGUUGAGGAAAUGUGUCAGGACUGCCAUUUACAUGUUUCCGAAACCACAGUGGAGGCAUCCACUUUUACACUUGAGCUGCUGGACCGUUUCAUUCACAGGACUGGGGGAAUCCUUUAAUUCAGACUCACACGUGCUGAACAUUCACUUGAGAUUUUAUGUCGGAUUGAAUGAGGCCAAAAGUACUCUAAACCGUGGCAAAUACUCUAAGGUGACAUUUUAACAAGUGAAACAGUUGUUAUUAUCAGUAUUUACAUGCUUCCGAAUCACAGCGGAGGCGAGUCAGUGGUAACACCGCAUUGUGGACUAAAUAUAAUCAGUGACUGGAUAUUAAUAUUUUAAAGCCAAAUCAAUGUGACAUGAUGUUAUAUAUUUUGACGUAGGGUAAACACCGAGGACAUGCGGACCACCUGUCCCGCAUGUGCAUGGACCGAACCAUUCCCCCUUCUAAAAUACUCAUCCAGUGAUGGUGGAAACUAUACCUGUAACAUUAUGUUUGUCCUUUUUAAUGUGCUACUGUAGUAAUACACAUUAUUUAUUUCUUGGUUUUAUCGAUGGUACUAUAGAUACUGUAUAGUUAUAAGGCCUGAAAAUAAAGUCUACAUGGUGCCACUCUUUGAAUAAA